AUGGCAGGUUUACUAUACCUUCCAAAAGAUAUUGUUAAGAAGUCAAAGCUUGCAAUAAUGGGUAAUCAAGGGUAUGUUAGAAGAAACUUGGAUGAACUUGGAUUCCAAGAUGUUCCAUUACAUCAUUUAUCAUGGAGUUUUGAACUCGUCCACAAUUUAUACGUCUUAUCACCCCAAGAUCGGCCGAAUGGGCAAGUUCAUUUCAAUUGUGAAUUAAGAGAUCACAUUUUCAAAUUAUAUAAUUUAUCAGAUAUCAUUCCUAAUUAUGGUGUCAUUACAAAUAGACCAUAUGGAAGAGCAAGACAUGUAACUAAUAUCCAAGAACUCAUAGUUGUUGUAAAAAAUCAUUUCAUGAAUAUAAGAUGGGAGUUUCAUGAUGAUUCACAAUUAGGUUCGAUAAAAUCAUGUGUUCAAGUAUUGGCAGGAGCAAAAUAUUUUAUAACUCCACCUGGUUCAUCUGGAUUUAAAGCAAUGAUGAUGAAAGAAAAAACAGGAAUCUAUUUUAUAGGAUCGAAUUUUGAAGAUUGGGCAAAUAUUGGAUUUUGCCAAUCGUUAGGAAUUUGGGCAGUUUAUAAUAAGAACAUGAAUCUUGGACAUAUUGGAUCACCAGCUGCAAUUGAUAUUGAAUCAAACUUCAAAUAUAUAAAGCUUUUAAUUGAGACAGUUGAUAAGCAAAAAUGGCCUAGUUAUGCAAAUGAUAUUCCUGAUUCUGAAUUUAUGAUUGAUUUAUCUGUUAUUAAGAAGAUAUUAGAAAUUGACAACAGAGUUAGUAUUCUUCAUAAUUGUAAUGUAACAGAAUUCUAUGAGAAAGUUAAAUCUGAUCCAAGCCAUAAUAAAUUCUGUGGAGAUAAUAUAUAUUACUCCGAAUUGAAUGAUUUGUAUUAA